AUGGUUUGGCUCAAGAACCCAGAACAGGCGCGGGCCAUAUAUGAUGGAACGCGGAAGGCUUUCACAGUGAUCCCAUUCCUCAUCGCCCCGGUGACAUUCGUUAUAGACGCGGGCUUUGGGCGUUUCUCUCCUGCGAGCUCCAAGCUGCUCGUCGAUGGUAUCAAGUCGUGGAUAUUCAUGGAGCUUGUCUCUCCGAUCACGUUCGUCUCCACGUUCCUGCAAGACCCUCUGUCGCCGUCUUUCCCUACCUCUGCGCUCAACAUACCAUCCUCGCUGACACCGUCGGCGCUUCUCGCACUUCUAUACCUGAUUCAUUACACCAAUCGGAGUCUCGUUUCUCCUCUACGCACACCGUCACGCUCAAAGUCACACAUAACCGUUCCGAUGUUUGCUGUCGGUUUCAACCUCUUGAACGGUUUCCUCAUGGGUGCUUACCUGGCAUCUCCAUCUGCCGAAAAUCACCUCACUGGAGCGUUCUCGAGGAGAAGGUUUUGGGCUGGCGUGUCGCUAUGGGCAACAGGAUUCGCAAGCAAUGUUCUCCACGACGAAAUAUUGCUGAACAUCCGCCGUAAAGCCAAAGGAAAGGCGAAGGAGAGUGGUGGCAAGGAACACUACGCCAUCCCCCAAGGCUACGGUUAUAAUCUCAUCUCAUACCCGAACUAUUUCAGCGAAUGGGUCGAGUGGGUGGGGUUCGCUCUUGCUGCCUCUCCCGCUCCUUCGUUGGCGUCGACGUCAGCAUUCUUGGAGACCAUAUCACCUCCCUGGAUAUUCGUACUCUCGGAGGUGCUGCUGAUGCUACCACGCGCAUGGAGGGGACAUCGGUGGUACCACAGUAAAUUCCCGGACUACCCAAAGCAAAGGAAGGCGGUCAUACCGUUCUUGUUCUGAUUCCAUGCCGCCAUUUCGGAUCGUGUACCCAUUCGUCGG